GACAAAUUCAAUUUGUCAAAACAAGAUUGCGUGUUGUUGGUGAUUUGUUGUGACUUUGUUGAGCAUUUUUCUAACUCAAAAAUGAAUAAAACUAUUAAAAGGGGAGUGAGGGAGAUGUUCUUUCGCAUGAUUUCUAAGUUUGAAGAAAAACAACAGGAGAAAGACGCUGUAUUCAAACUGAAACAAGAUUUCUUACGUGUUGUGUUGAGUUUCUUAGAAAAUCUGGUCGAUGUAGAUGAUUAAUCUGGUGACGAAUUUUACAAGAUUAGAAAACAAGUUCCUACGUUGAGAACUCUGUUAGUGGAUUUAAGAGAAAGCAUUGGAUUUAAUAUCGAUAAAAUUCAGUAAAUAUGACUGCGAAAAGUGAGAAAACAAAAUUAAGAGUUGAAACAAAAGAAGGUCCUAUUUGUGGAUACAAAGAGACUACCAAUGAAGGCACAUACUGUAAAUUUAAAGGCAUUCCAUAUGCAAAACCACCUGUCGGACAUCUACGAUUCUUGCCUCCUCUCCCCGCCACUCCUUGGACUAAUGAAAAAGACUGCACCCAAGAUCCGCCAAUGGCUUUGACUUGGUCAUUUAAGUAUGAACAUAUAAUUGGCUCUGAAGACUGUCUAUAUAUUGAAGUUUCAACCCCAACUCUUAAGCCGAAGAAACUUAUGCCCGUAAUGUUUUGGAUUGGAAGUUAUGGUUUUUCAUUUAAUAUGGAUUACUUAUAUGACACUUCCCUAAUUAAUAAUCAAGAUGUUGUAUUUGUAACAUGUGGCUUUAGGCUUGGAGCAUUUGGAUUUCUUUCUAUCAAUGAUUUUACAGCUCCAGGGAAUUGUGGACUAAAAGAUGUGGUCCUAGCAUUAAAAUGGGUUCAAAGAAACGUUGAUACAUUUGGAGGAGACCCAAACAAUGUAACAAUAUUUGGUAAUAGUUCUGGAGGUGUCAUGGUACAUUUUAUGAUGUUUUCACCAAUGGCAACUGGCUUAUUUCACAAAGCAAUAAUUCAAAGUGCUUGUGUUUUAAAUAAUUGGUCUUUGACUAAUCAACCUACACAGCCUGUUAAGGAAUUAGCAAAAUUACUAGGCAUAAACAAAACAUGCUAUAUUGAAAUAAUUGAUGAAUUAAGACUAAAACCAGCCAAUGAAAUUGUUAUAGCCUGUAGAAAAAUGGACGUUGAAUUCUGUAUCGUUCAAGAUAAUAAUAUCAUUGAUGCAGUCUUCAAACCAUGUAUUGAAGUUGAAUUUGAGGGUCAACCUGCAUUUCUUUCUAAAAGGCCCAUUUUUCUAAUAAAAUCAGGUAAUUACAAUAAAGUACCUAUAAUUAUAGGUAGUAACAAUAUAGAAGGAGCUGUGAUACAAUUUGUAAAAGAUGAUUUCUAUGAUUUUGAGAAGUACAACAAAAAUGUCUCUCUGCUUGUACCUAAGUCACUUGCUGGAGAAGAUCCACAGUCAAAAAAUAUUGGUAAUAAGUUACUAAAGUUUUAUCUGGGUGGUGAUGAGCUGUUACGUGAAGACACAAGAGCCCAAUAUUUGCAACUAAUAAGUGACUACUAUUUUCUGUAUCACGUCAAUAAAACUGUAAGACUACACAGUCAAUACUCGCAUGAAUACCCAAUAUAUUACUAUUUACUUACUUAUGCUGGAGAAUGGUGUGUUCCGGAAAGUUUGAAUUUUUUCAAUUCACUUGGACAUUGUGCUGAAAUACCAUUUGUAUUUGGGAUUAAAGUACCAGGAAAGCUCAAUGAAGCAGUGUGCAAAGGAAGUCGUGAUUCUAUCAAAACAAGAAGUAGAGUCGUAAAAAUGUGGACAAAUUUUGCAAAAUAUGGAAAUCCUACACCAGCAAGCGAUGAUCCAUUACUUCAAAUAACUUGGGACCCUGUUCAGAGCAGUGAAAAAUUAAACUAUUUGAGUAUUGGGUCAGAAUUAACAAAAGGAAGAAACCCGUUUCUAGAGAGAAUGCAAUUUUGGGACCAAUUAUACGAAAAUCAUACAUUCCUUAGAGCUCAAGUUUAUUUUAACGAUUUGGGUGUGUCAUGGUAACUACAACAAACUUUAGGUAUGAUGGUUAAAAAAUUUAAAGCUCCUACAACAUUGCCGCUAUUGUCAAUGAUCACAAUUCAUUUUCAUAAUAGUAAAUUAUACAAUUGUUAAAAAAUAAAUAAGACCUUUUAUUUUGUUGAAA